AUGCAACGUCAACGACAAAUUGAGAGCAAUUGUGACCAGUUAACGAAUAGUACGGCUCAAGUGGAUUCUAACCAGUUUCUGAAUUUAUUCUGUGAUCAUGUACUUAAAAGGCGGGAUGAAAUACUAACACCUGCAGGAGCCGCAGAUACUAAAUUGGAUCUCCUGAAAUUAUUAGCUGAACUCACAGAGCACUGCGGCGAGUUAGAAAAUCCAGAAAAUUCGAGCUGUUUAUGA